GGGGGCGUUUCUGUGCGCAGGUUGAUGGAUAGACGCGCACGGGGUGCUUUAAUACAAACAUCCCGCUUGGCAGGAACCGGAGCACAAUAAUGACACCAAACGAUCAAGCACUUAAACACAAACUGUCACAUGACACACACAGGGAAUUUGGAGGAACUCUGGGCGCUGUAUCCAUUCCCAUCUUUCUUCCGUUGACAGUGCUAUUUCUGAUCUGUGUGAGUCGAUCUCCUGAGGCCAGUUUGUUCCAGUGGCCACCUCCCCUCCCCUCAAGUGACCAGCUAUGGGACCCUCUGGCCCCCGUGCUUCUCCUGGGGUGGUUUGCUCUCCAUGCAAUCAUCUAUUUGAUGCCAUUAGGAACGGUGUCUGAAGGAUUAGUGCUCAGAGAUGGAACACGCCUCAAGUAUCCCAUAAAUGGUUUUCAUGGCCUGUGCAUCAGCGGUGUGUUCCUGAUGUUGUUACUGGGGCUCGGGGCUCCUCUGGGGUAUCUGUUUGAGCUGCUGUUGCCUUUGGCAGUAUGUGCAAUAGUGGUGUCGUUCCUGUUUUCCAUCUACCUCUACAUCCGCUCCUUUUGGGCUCCUUCCCAUGCACUCGCUUUGGGGGGAAACACAGGAAAUCCCUUCUAUGACUUCUUCAUCGGACGCGAGCUAAACCCCCGGAUUGGAAAUUUUGACCUGAAGUAUUUCUGUGAGCUCAGACCAGGCCUGAUUGGCUGGGUGGUCAUUAACCUCGGCAUGCUGAUGAAGGAGGUGGAGCUCCGAGGUUCCCCCUCCCUCGCCAUGAUUCUGGUCAACAGUUUCCAGCUGCUGUAUGUGGCAGAUGCUCUGUGGAACGAGGCAGCUGUUCUGACCACCAUGGACAUUGUGCAUGAUGGUUUUGGUUUCAUGCUGGUUUUUGGUGAUCUGGCCUGGGUUCCCUUCACAUACAGCCUGCAGGCAGCCUUCCUGGUCAUGCACCCACAGGCCCUAAGUUUACUCAAGGCUGCAGCUAUAAUAGCACUGAAUGGUGUUGGGUAUUACAUUUUCAGAAAAUCCAACUCACAGAAGAAUCAGUUCAGGCGGGACCCCACUCAUCCAACUGUUGCAAGACUGGAGACCAUUGCCACAGCAACGGGGAAGCGGCUGUUGGUGUCUGGCUGGUGGGGUCUUGUUCGUCAUCCCAAUUACCUUGGUGACCUCCUCAUGGCCCUCGCAUGGUCCCUUCCGUGUGGAUUCUCACAUCUUCUGCCUCACUUCUACAUCGUAUACUUCACCAGUUUGCUGAUUCACCGAGAAGCCCGUGAUGAGAGACAGUGUAGGGCCAAAUACGGGCUAGCUUGGGAUACAUACUGUCGACGUGUCCCUUACAGGAUCUUCCCUUAUAUAUACUAACAAGAAGGAAGGUGGGAGGAGCGAGAUCAGAACUGCCACACGACUUCCUCGGGACCUUUCGUAUGUGCACAAACCUAGCAAUAACUACAUGUAAAUCUGUUUCCAGUUAAACAAUGAUAACUGGUGCCGCUAUGGAGGAUCUGUGGAAGUAAUCAGUCUUCAUUUGUACCAUAAAUAUCAGUGCCUUUGUUCAUAGAAAGUCUGCAUAAAAGCAUUUUUUUUACUGUGUCUUGUGGUUGCUUUUUUGUUAGUUUUUUUGUUCUUUUGUUGUUUUUUGAAGUGUACUGUCACAGUAAACUACCUUUGAAGUAAAGAACUAUAAGUAUUUGAUCAUGCAUCUUAAUUGCACUUAUUAAAAAUG